AUGGACCUAAUCCAGCCUCGAGGAACGUAUCAACGGGCCAACACCGACUCAAGUUUAAGUUUUGAGCAAGGGAUCUUCGAGCUCUCGCCGGCAGACAGCAAAGCUCCAAGCUUCAAAUCUGGAUAUUCAAACACCAUCCGAGACGUAGCACCACUACUCGACCCUUCGACCGACCCAAUUCGCAUUCAUUCAACGUACGAUGGCCGGUGGAAGUGGCCACUGUUUUCCGGGCAUUCUCGACUUCAUGGCUGGCGGACGGGAGCUCUUCUCGCCGCCCUUUUCGCGGGCAUAUCGUUGGUGAUCAACUUUGUCAUCCUGAUAUGGCUGGCUACUCACAAAGGAGGCUCGGGCCUCGUCGAGCUCUUCAGCGGAAACUGCAGUAAAGUCGAGACCAUGGAUAUGUGGGUUCACUUCGCAAUCAAUGCACUUAGUACACUCCUACUUGGAGGGUCGAAUUAUUGCAUGCAAUGCUUGUGCGCGCCAACGAGAAAGGACAUUGACACCGCGCAUUCCAAAGGAAAGUGGCUCGACAUUGGCGUACCUAGCAUUCGCAAUCUAUUCAAGGUACCCGUUCAUAAAUCAGCUCUUUGGUGGGUCUUGGGUCUAUCAUCAGUGCCAUUGCAUCUGCUAUACAAUUCUGCGCUCUACAAGUCUCUCGCCAGCAACGACUACGACAUACUUGUCGUCAAACCAGAUUUUAUCGACGGUUCGUCCUGGAGUUCACCAGACCCGAUCAAGCAAUACGGUGUGCUUGAUGGAGUGAGUAUAGACCAGAUUCAGGCCGAUGUCAAAGUACCCGAGCGUUACGAGCGCUUGACCACCGCAGAGUGCAUAAGAGCUUAUGCAACGGAUUUCACUACCGACCGACGGAAUUUGGUCUUUGUUGCAAAUAAUGACACUGUCAACUAUAAUCUGCUGACCUUCCAAACCUAUAUAUUCUCAACUGUCGAUACGUACUAUUGGAUCUGUGAGUCGGACCCUGACAUCGCCAAUAAAAUCCAAAUUCCUGAGCAUAACGGCGACAACCUACCGUGUCAGAAAUACUACUCGAAGAUAAUCGACCUUGGAGAUCAGUGGCACCCUUGGGGAAAUGAGGUGCAAUACUGCUACAGCGAGCGAGUCAGCGAGAAGUGCAGCUACAAUGGAAACAUACCCAUCGUCGCAGUUGUUCUUGUGGCGAAUGCCAUCAAAAUGGCAGGCAUGCUUUUCGUCGCAUACCGUCUGCGAGACACUCCGCUGAUUACCAUGGGCGAUGCCGUGGAAUCCUUUUUAAAUGAACCAGACCGCACGACAGAAGGCAGGUGUCUGCUUACGAGGCAGGAAGUCAUCAAACUGGAGCGCAUGAAACAAGACUGGAAUCUCCGCAAGACGAGGACCACUCAACCGAAAACCGCACGUCCGCGAGCCGCAAGGUGGUUUGAAGCGGCCAGCUGGCUCCGUUGGUGCUUGACAAUGGGCUUCAUCGGAUUCAGUCUUAUCGUCGUCGGCGUCCUACUAUCUUUGGCCAUCAGAGCCGUUACAUCGAAUGGCUUCACAAUAUCGGAUAUUGGCUUCGGCAAAGUGAAUCCAGCCGCCAUCAUUACCGGCUUGGGCAUGGACGGCAGGGGAAGCCCGUCCAAAAAGAUCGUCAACUCGAUCUUGUUAGCCAAUUUCCCUCAAACAAUCUUUUCAUUCUUGUAUCUCAAUCUCAACGGCCUUCUGACCAGCAUGUUUUUGGCGUCGGAAUGGAGUGAUUUUGCCAACGAGCGGAAGCACCUACGCGUAUCUAAGCCCAAGGGUUCACAGCGGAGUACGCAUUUCUUGCAGCUACCAUACAAAGUCGCCAUUCCCCUGAUGGUAUUCUCGGGUCUGCUACACUGGCUCAUUUCCCAAGCCAUCUUCCUGGUCGUGGUCAAGGCGUAUGCCCCGAAUGGAGACUUAGUGGACCCUGUGGCUGUUUCGACUUGCGGCUUCUCUCCACUGGCAAUGAUUGUCAGCAUCGCUGCCGGCGUCCUGAUCAUUACAGUUACAUCCUGUCUUGGCUUCUUCUUCAAAUAUGACCCUACGAUCCCUUUGGUGGGUAGCUGUAGUGCCGCCAUCUCAGCAGCAUGCCAUCCACCGGACUGGGACAGCGAUGCAUCCAUGAAGCCUGUGAAAUGGGGAGUGAUACCAGAGACACUGGCCGCAGACAAAGGGGUCGGACAUUGUUCGUUUACUAGUGGUGAUGCAGAACCACUCCAAGCAGGCGAGGAGUACGCUGGUAUUUCAAGGUUUAGAAAAGGCGGAAUAUACUAG